GACCUCGUGGGGAUGCACUGUGGGGAAAGCAGGAGUGGGACAGCGCUGGGAUAGUGGGACUGGCACAAGGACUGGGACAACGGCACAGGACUGGGGUUGGGACUGCAAUAAUGGGAUAGGACUGAGGCCAGCAUGGGCUAAUGGAGCAGGAUCAGAACCAGCACUGGGAUAGUGGGACGGGCACUGAGACCAGCAGUGGGGUCACGGGACAGGAAUAGGGACCGUCACCGGGGUAAUGGAAUGGGAGUGGGUCGGAGGGAUGGGAAUAAUGGGACGGGACCAGAACCACAGCUGGGAUGGUGGGGUGGGAACGGGGAUGCAGAUCAGAUAAUGAAACCAGGAUUGGAACCAGGACUGCCACGGGGAUAAUGGUGUGGGGCAGUAACAGCGUAACGGGACAGGACUGGAACCAGUAUCGGGAGAAUGGGGUGAGGAACUGGCACAGGAAUGAUGGGAUUGGGACAGAAGGGUUGGGCCCCCUUCCCAGGCCCCAUCUCAGCACCACAGUGCCCCCGCACACCACAGAAUGGGGCCUCUGUGCUGUGGGGCGGAUGAGGGCUGAAUGGGAACAUUCAUGGUGCCACCCCCCCCCCCCCCUCCAACCGCCCCCAAAGGGACCCUAUGGCCGACGGCAACGCUGCAACCCCCUGUGGUCCCAGCAGCGGCACCCAACCCUGCCGCCCUGUGCCAAGGGUCCACACAUUUGGAAAGGGAGAGCAGGCAAUGCGGAGGGACCCCCACAUCCCCCCCACCAUGCGGGGCUGGCUGCACAAGCAGGACAGCUCAGGGCUGAGGCUCUGGAAGCGGCGCUGGUUUGUGCUGGUUGAUCUCUGCCUCUACUACUACAGGGACAGCAGCGAGCAGCGAGUACGGGGGGGUCUCCCCCUACCUGGCUACAGGAUCCGUGUCCUGGCCCCCAGCACCAGCAGCCCUCGCUUCCUCUUCACGGUUGAGCACCCUGGGAUGCGGAGCUACGUGCUGGGGGCUGACAGCCCUGAGGAGCUGGGGGCCUGGAUGUGCAGUUUGCGGCACUCUGCCUCACCCAUGGGGGGCCCGAUCCCGCCCCGCCCCGCGCUCCCGAGCGCGCCCGCCCCGGAGGAAGCCCCGCCCCACGGUCAGCUCCGCCCCUCCGUGGCAGCGACCAAUCAGCAGCUGACGCCGCCGGCCGGCGGAGGGCUUAGGGAUGCAAAAGAAGGCACCGCAGCCAAUCAAGAAUCGACUCCUCCAAGAGAGCCCUCUGAUUGGCUGCUGGCAUCUGGAGGCACGGCCGCGCGGGCGGCAACCAAUGAGAUCUCUCUGUGGCCGUGGGAACAAAGCAUUGUGGGUAGCCGGGAGCACGAGGGUGGGCGAGAAGGCGUGGCCAACGGGGUGGGGCGGCAGCCAAUCAGAAUCACCGUGCUGCACGCCAGCUUUUGA